UGCUAGUUUGCCUUCUGGGGUGGCAGUCCUGCGGUGUUGGUGUGGCAAUCUUUGCAAGGUGAAGGAGGUGACGGAUUUUUCAGAUUGGUUGGGCAUGAAGUUUUUCAUGUGCGCCAAUUAUGAGGAAGAUCCUGCCGUAGCUAUUUCAGAGUACGACAAGCCUCCGUCUCCUCCGCCUCUGUGCAUGUACUAUCAUUGGAUUGACACGGAGAAGCCGGCUUGGGCAGUGACUGAGAUUCGUGAAAGAAGUCGCCGUGCGUGGAAUAGUUUAUUUACGGAAGAGCGGCGCGAGAAGGCGGAAACUGAGGAGAAAGUAGAGCAAGAGAGAGAGUUAAAAGAAUACUAUGCGGAGCAACACCAUUUUUUUCAGGAAAUGGGAAAGAAAAACGGGGAAGAGGCUCGUCGCAUGGAGGAGCAGGAACGACAGCGAAAGGAGGCUCGUGAGGCGGAGAGACAGAGAAAGAAAGAAAGGGCUCGUGAGGCCAAGGCAGCAGAAGAAGCUGGCGAUGGAAAAGGAAAAUAUCCACGCUGGACUCAGUAGAUUCCUGUGGUAGUAUUUUAAAUUUCGCAAUCAUUUGUAUCUUUAUUUCUGCACUUUAAUGUAGCUUUAUUUCUGCACUUUAAUGUAGCUUUAUUUCAGGAGUUAAAUGUAGGUUUAUUCCUACAAUGUAUCUUAUUUUCAGUUGUGCCGUGUCG